AUGAACGGAACCCCACAAUCUGCAUUUAUUAGGAAGGUAUUAGUUAGACAAGAAAUACCAUCAGAGGAUAUAGACACAUGGCAUUAUCCUGAAGAUAUUAGAACAGAGAUUGUAGAAGAAGUUAAAAUUAAUCCAUCUAAAAAGGAAUUCAAUUUAAUUGAAAUUGCUAAUAAAAUAAAACAAUUUCCUUUUCAAGGAAAAACUAGAAGAUAUUUUGUUGGAUAUUGUAUUCUUGUUAUGAAGAAAUUAUAUUGUUGUUGUAAAAUAAAAGAAGAUGAAAAUGAUAUAAUUAUAUUUAAAAAAUUAAUAAGUCAAAUGCUUGGAAUUGAAUAUAAUCAAGCUAUAAAAACAUUUAAAGAAAUUAUUAAUUUCAUUUAUUCUGAACAAAAUUUAGGUAAAUUUAAUAAAAAAAAAGGAAAAUUACCUAAAUCUGAUUACAAAUCUUUAACAGAAAAACAAAUUAGAAUUCCAAAUCAUACAUCAAAAAAACCUGUUAAAAACAUUAAUACAGAAAAAAAACCUCUUUCUUUAAUGAUUGAUCAUUUAGAACGUGCAAUUAAAUGUGAACGAUUUACUCGUGGACCAAGAAAUGAACAAGUGAUGUCUCUUCAAUCAAUGAUUGAUGAAAUUCAAUGUUAA